GUCUUGUUGGUACACAAACGCUACUGUGAGAGUAUGAUGCCAUAUAUAUCGUGAUAAAUAUGUAGUAUACAAUCUAUUCAUAUGGUUUCAGUGGAAAAACGUUAUUUCAGAAGAGUUAAAACGACUACGAAUUUGGUGUACGUAUCAAUCAACACAACAUCGCAUUUCCUUUGACGUCAAGUCGUCACCCAUGGAUGACCACUUCAACAGUUCAAUAAUACGCUGCUCCGCUGAAGACGAAUAUUUUGACAGUGUUCUGAAUCCCGUCAUAUCUUAAAGCUUCCAAGGCUUAAUAUAUGUGGCAAGAUGUCAACAAAACCAGUUCGUCGUGUCACUGAUCAGUUGCAGCUUUUGGAGCGAAUGGUAAAUAAAACAACGUUAGCAACACAGAAGACAAGACAUGGAAAUAUUAUAGAUAUUGGUAGUGAUAUUUUGGAGAACAUUAACCUCCGAGCCCAGUACGACAAAGAGGAGGCUGUUAGAUUAGCAGUCGAGGCUGCAUUAGCACAGGCAGAACAAGAAAAGAAAGAAGCACUUGAAAAAGCCCGCCGAGAAGCUGAAGAAGAAAAACAAAGAUGUUUAGCAAAACAACAAAUCGAAUACGAAAAGAUGGCAGAAGAGGUAUCCAGGCAACGGGACAAACUGGAAGAGGAGAGGAUAGAGAAACUGACAAGGAGGCUGAAGAAAGAAAAAGAAGAAGCACUGAGAUUACAAUGGCAGGAAGCGGAACGAAUAAAAAAAAUAGAAAUAAAAGAAGCUCUGGAGAAGCAGGAGAAAAAAUUGAGAAAACAAUUUGUUGUGGAGAAAGAGAGAGCUGUAGCCUACGCAUUGCAUGUACAGAAGCAAAAAUUUCUUAAAAAGUUGGCAGAAGAGAUUCAAAAAACUAAAGAAGAAUGUGAACGACUGGCAGCGGAGGAAGCUGAGAGGGUUGCUAAGAUACACCAAGCUGAAAUAGACGUGUUAAACAACAUUAUACUGGAUUUGAAAAGACAGAUCAGAGAUGAAGUUGCUGCUAGGAACAUGGUACAAGAAGACUUUAGGGCACUUCAGCGAGACUAUCGCAGAUUCAUUAAUUAUUCUGAUGGGAAGUAUCACUCUGAUUACAUGAUGCGAAUGAAGAAACAUGGUAUGAGAUUUGACGUACACUGGGACCGGAAAGAUAGCAGUCACAAUGACAUCGAAGUCGUACCGUUGGUGUUGCAUAAAUACCUGACUGAGGAGGGUAGAAUUGUGUCUGAGCUUCCUCAAUUAUACGAGAAACCCAGGAAGUUUUUUGAAAAUUAGUAAUAUGUACAUGCAAAGUCAUAUUUAUGAAUCUGAACAGGGUUAAGAAUUUUAUAUUGUGAAUUAUGCUCCCUGCUUUGUACAUCCAGUGUUUAUCCUACGCAAUAAAGUACUGGGUACCUAGAUUCCCAGGGACCA